GAGGCAUUCGCCAGAGAACUCAACACAAGCUUUAAGUCGCGUAGUUCGCGAUUAGCUGUCAAAUCGCCACCCAUUACACCACUCGUGAGCACCGAAUUGAGCUACACAUCACCACCCACAAAGAAACCCAAAACAAAAAAACCCAAAGCAAAGCUCAGUGUCUCUCCGGACUACCCGUUGCCGCCGGAGUUGAGACAACACGACUGCGGAACACAUCCUUACGUUCGGGGCCUCACAUCCCACCGAUGGGCCGAUGAGCGCAGGCAUCGACUCCAUCACCCGGUCAUCAUGUUUAUGACCUUGCUCAUUGGUUUUUGUCGCGGUAUUUAUGCCUUUAUGACACCAUUAGACAAACAAAUGGCUACAUAUGUCGGCGAUUAUCCAUAUUUUGUGCAUGCCAAGUCUCAACUCAAUCUGGCUAUAUUAAAUAAUAGCUUAAUGGGCAUGCUCACUUUGAUAUACUACAGGUAUUUAUAUCACAUUAAGAGAUACCCCUUCCCGGAGGCGCCCAUACGUCUAAUGGCGGGCGCAGUCACACCCAGGAGUGUAGGGCUGUUUGAUGAAGCGGUGAUAAUAGAGAUGUGCAAAUCGGCCAAAUUCUGGUUCCAUCACACGAAGACCAACACUAAUCGCGUAGGUGUGGCCGCAUUUAUCAUGUGUUUGCUUCCCGUCCACUUCGGUGUCAACGACUGGUCAAUGUUUCCCAUAUACUUUCCGUGGGGUGUAAUCAACGCUAUGGGCAUACGAUAUGUGUUUAACAUAAGCCACUGGACGUACACUUAUUUCUAUCUGAUUUGUUUCUACCAUAAGGCGCGUAUGAAACAGACCCGGCUUAUGAUCAAUGCCCAGUAUGUAAAGUACGGCCGAACAACUGACCAACACGUCUAUUAUCUGAUCAAUACGUUUGCCGGCAUUUAUGCGGAUAUCCGCGAGAAUAAUGAUCGCUUUUUCAAAACGUUCUCGAUCAUUUUUCUGCCAUUAUUUAUGUUUGUUGUUGUCUAUCUGGUAUUGUCGGGAUCUUUCGUUAUAUUAAGUUAUCUGAGAGUUGUGUCGAGUGUCGCCGAAGAGGCGAAAAGAGCGUACAAACCGUUGCAUAAAUUGCAGACAACUUUGAAAACAAAUUCAAACGUUUGUCGCAUUUUCCACUUCUCGGGGUCGGCGGGUUCGGGAAUGGUUAUUGGAGUCAUGAUUACCGAAUUUUACCUUUUUAAGCAAUUCAUGUCAUUGGUUGAUAGAUAA